AUGGCUGAACACGAUGGACGGCGACGACGGCCAGCUGUAUCGUGCUCGCUCUGUAGGAAGCGCAAGAUCCGAUGCAAUCGAGAAACGCCCUGUAGCAACUGUCGGCGGGCCAGAAGCGGGGCUUGUAUCUAUGAGAAUCCCAACCAUCCUCCUCCUUCACCUUCUCGCAAUCAAACAAUUGGGCCUGGCCUAGCGGUUCCAAGCUCUCGAGAGUCAAUACCCAUUGAUAGUUCAAGCCAUUCGUCAAGCUCACACGUUGCCGCGUCAACAGACCCAUCGACGCCUACGAGCCAGCUAUCCGCCCAAGAUGCCGAGUCGUUGAAAUUGAAGCUUAGGAUUCGCCAGCUUGAAGACCAGCUGUCGAAAUCAACCCUACAGACCAUACAGUCUCCCGUCUCGACUCCCCCGAACUCAAGCAUCGAGAAGACAAGCUCUCAUCUCGGCGGAACCUUUCAUGUCCUUUGUGAGACUGGCUCCACCGGCCAACCCCAAUCCAUUGCCCGCAGCAUCACGCAUAAGACACGCUUGUUUGGCCAAAGCCAUUGGGGAGUAAACGGAGUACUCCUAAUACGCGACAUCUGGGAGACCAUUGAGCCCCAUCUACUAGAAGGUAGAUCGAACGCCUGGAUGGGAAUAGAAAGGUGCAAAUCCUUGGCAAGGGUCAUUAAAGCGCGGCGGACACCUCCAUGGCCCUCACCACCCACGUCCGAUUUACCCUCUAAAGUGAUCGCUGAUGCGCUAGUCGACUGCUACCUCCGGACGACGGAGGCUAUUUAUCGAGUCCUACAUAUCCCUACUUUCCGCAGGGACUACCAAACGCUCUGGCUCUCACAGAAUAGCCCUGACCCUAAUACAGCUUUCUUAGUUCAGCUUAAACUCGUGCUUGCUAUUGGCGCGGUUACGUACGAUAAGCAAUUUUCAUUGCGAGCCUCAGCUGUCCACUGGGUUCACGAGUCAAUAGCUUGGAUUUCAGAGCCCAAGUUCAAGUCACGGCUAGACAUCCCUAUUCUGCAGACUAGCCUGCUUCUUUUGAUUGCCCAGGAAAGAGUAGGAGCCGGUGGAGACUCGAUAUGGAUUUCGAUCGGUACAGUGUUCAAGAAAGCAGUCUUCCUAGGUCUACAUCGAGAUCCUGCUCACCUACCUAAAGGAACGGUUUUUGUUGCCGAAAUGCGACGAAGACUUUGGAACACGAUCCUGGAAAUGACCUUACAGUCUAGUUUAUCCUCUGGAGGACCUCCCUUUAUUUCUCUUGACGAUUUUGAUACUGCGCCUCCCGGCAAUUUCGACGACGACCAGCUCGUGGCCACCAACGAUCCAGUGCCAAGGCCGGAAGAUGUCUUCACGCAAGUGUCUAUCUCAAUAGCACUUCACAAAACCUUUUCACAGCGCCUCGCUGUAGUAAAGUUCUUAAACGAUCUUUCCUCCUCUGGCACGUACGAGGAAACUCUUCGGCUCGAUGCACAGCUCUGGACGGCAUACAGAGAACUAGGUCGAACGUUGCAAGCUUUUAGUAAGUCGGGCACUGGAACGUCACCUACUGGAUCUUCGCUCUCUCCAUUCGAGAUCCGGGCAGUGGAUUUCGAAAUGCAUCGAUAUCUCUCGUCUCUUCAUGUCCCGUACUUCGGCCCGGCACUCCACGAGACAGCCUACGCAUUUUCCCGCAAGGUUGUAGUUGAUUCCUCGCUCAAAAUCUGGCGGGCGGCGUAUCCGUCUUCCGGUCUCACGUCCAUCACCGAGGCAACUUCGUCAGACUGGGACGAUUUAGCGCAGCUUGCGGUCUGCAGCUCGGGAUUCUAUUCAACGGUCACUAUUCAUGCUGCAUUGCUCAUCUCGAUGGAGCUCCGGACGCAGCUACAAGAAGAGGAAAGUCUGGUUCCCGUGCCUUUGCGGCCGGACCUAUUGACCGUGCUAGACGAGGCUAAGGCCUGGUGCUUGCGGGGCAACGAGGUGGGUGAGACUAAUGUGAAGGGCUAUUUACUCAUGAGUGUGGUUGGGGCCCAGGUCGAAGGACUCCAGCGCGGCCUGGACAAGGACGCCAUUACCCAACUUCUGAUUAGGGCUGCGGAGAAUGUAGAGGAGGAAUGCUUGCCAAUCCUCAAACAAAUCGCGGCGACCCAGGGCCAGGAGGAGGGAGCUGAGGAGGAUAUGCUUCUGCAGGAGUCAGUGGCCACACCGGGAGAAGUAAUGGAAGACUGGGGCUUUAUGAACCCAGAUGGUAUGUUCGACCUGGGCAACACCGAGCCACUGAACUGGAUAUUUAACGACGAUAUUGAUCAUAGGAUGCCGACACUUUAG